GACGUCAUGACGCGGCGUCCUCCCGUCCUCACGUCCCCCUCAUUCAGGCUGCACUUUGAAUAAGGAAGAUGGCGGCUGCAGCAGUGGUUGAGUUUCAGAGGGCUCAGUCCCUCAUCAGCACCGACAGCAACGCCUCCAUCGACAUUCUGCACUCAAUAGUACGGAGAGAUGUCCAGGAGAACGAUGAAGAAGCUGUCCGGGUCAAAGAACAGAGCAUCCUGGAGCUGGGGACGCUGCUGGCCAAGACCGGACAGGCAGCAGAACUCGGGGGUCUGCUGAAAUUUGUCCGGCCGUUCCUGAUGUCCAUCAGCAAGGCCAAAGCUGCCCGACUGGUCCGCUCUCUGCUCGACUUGUUCCUGGACAUGGAGGCGGCGACGGGCCAGGAGGUGGAGCUGUGUCUGGAGUGCAUCGAGUGGGCCAAGGCUGAGAAGAGGACCUUCUUACGACAAGCUCUCGAGGCUCGACUGAUCUCCCUCUAUUUUGACACCAAGCGAUACCAGGAGGCACUUGCGCUCGGCUCUCAGCUGCUCCUGGAGCUGAAGAAGAUGGACGACAAAGCCCUGCUGGUGGAGGUCCAGUUGCUGGAAAGCAAGACGUACCACGCCCUCAGCAACUUGCCCAAGGCCCGCGCCGCGCUCACCUCUGCGCGGACCACCGCCAACGCCAUCUACUGUCCCCCCAAACUCCAGGCAGCUCUGGACAUGCAGUCAGGGAUCAUCCACGCGGCAGAGGAGAAGGACUGGAAGACUGCCUACUCCUACUUCUUCGAGGCGUUUGAGGGCUACGACUCCAUCGACAGCCCCCGAGCCAUCACAGCUCUCAAAUACAUGCUCCUCUGCAAAAUUGUCCUCAACUCACCAGAGGAGGUGCAAUCCCUGAUCAGCGGUAAACUGGGCCUGCGAUACACCGGCCGUCAGACAGACGCUCUCAAAUGUGUCGCCCAGGCCAGCAAGAACCGAUCGUUAGCGGACUUUGAAAAGGCCCUCACAGAGUACAGAGCGGAGCUGAGGGACGACCCCAUCAUCAACACACACCUGGCCAAGCUGUACGACAACCUGCUGGAACAGAACCUCAUCCGGGUCAUCGAGCCCUUCUCUAGGGUGCAGAUAGAACACAUAUCGGGUCUAAUCAAACUGUCAAAGGGGGAUGUAGAGCGUAAACUAUCGCAGAUGAUUCUGGACAAAAAGUUUCACGGAAUCCUGGACCAGGGAGAAGGAGUCUUGAUCAUCUUUGAGGAGCCGCCAGUGGACAAAACGUACGAAGCAGCCUUGGAAACCAUUCAGAACAUGAGCAAAGUGGUGGACUCACUUUACAACAAAGCCAAGAAGCUGACAUAGAGCAGCCCGGAGGCUACGUGGUGGAGGAGCUGUGUGUGUUUGAGCAGCGUAUGUAACAUUUGAAGAAGAACACAAACGAUUCCCCCAUCACACACACCCCUCCCCCCUCACUCAAUGGACAAUAUCGCAACUUCUCUUCUUUUGUUUUGUCCCCUUCUUCUAACACAGCGGCCGAGCCAGGCCAUCAGGGAAUAUUAUUGUACACCUACAAUAAAAACGACGAAAAGGAUGAACAGUACAUACAUAUAUCUUUAUAUCUUGAAUGCAGACACAACACUUUUGUCAUUUGACUCCGCCAUGUCUCUCCAAAGCGCAACUGUUCAGUUUUUGGAAGAAUGGAACACAAUUUCGGUUGAACAGCGACUUCCCCAUAUCAAUGCCAACAGUUUCAGUCCCCACUGUACUUCAGAAGUGUAUUAAACUCACUAUAUUUGCUUUUUGGUUUUGUGUUUUUGUAAUUAAAAAAACAAAACAAUGAUGGUUGCCACAUGUCCACCCCACCUGGAUGCUCGUGUACAUUUGUAAAAGAGGCGAGGUGAACUUUCACCAUCGGUGCCACGUUUCUUGGCGUCAGGAGGCACACAGUUUGUCUUCUUUGCCUCUUGAGCAUCUUCUCUUCUCCAUUGUUAGUUCCUAGCAUAGUGUGGUAUGCUAGUAACCAAACAAUUUGUAUGCUUUUGUUGUUUUUUUUCUCUCUUAUAAAGACAUUUUCAAAAUAAAUAUUUUGUAUUUUAAA